AUGAAUGCUGAGGAAAGACUUGUCACUGAGGUACCGAGUAGCUUGAAGCAACUGGCACGUCUUGUCGUACGUGGAUUUUACACGAUAGAGGAUGCUUUAAUUGUGGACAUGUUGGUCAGGAAUCCAUGUAUGAAAGAAGAUGACAUUUGUGAACUACUCAAAUUUGAACGCAAAAUGUUGAGAGCUAGGAUAUCUACAUUGCGGAAUGAUAAGUUUAUCCAAGUGAGAUUGAAGAUGGAAACAGGAUCAGAUGGCAAAGCACAGAAAGUCAACUAUUAUUUUAUCAAUUAUAAAACGUUCGUUAAUGUAGUGAAAUAUAAACUUGAUUUAAUGAGGAAGAGAAUGGAAACUGAAGAAAGAGAUGCAACUAGUAGGGCUAGUUUUAAGUGUCCAAGUUGUUUAAAGACAUUUACUGAUCUUGAAGCAGAUCAACUUUUUGACAUGAGAACCGGCGAAUUUAGAUGUACAUAUUGUCGGGAGAUAGUGGAAGAAGAUCAAUCAGCUCUUCCAAAGAAGGAUUCCAGAUUAUUAUUAGCAAAGUUCAAUGAACAAUUAGAGCCGCUCUAUAUAUUAUUGAGGGAAGUGGAAGGAAUCAAAUUGGCACCUGAAAUAUUGGAACCAGAGCCUGUUGAUAUUAACACAAUUCGAGGCAUUGACUCAAGAAAACCAAGUAGUCUCAGAGCACCUAGCGAACAAUGGUCGGGUGAGGCUACUAGAAUGUCAGGCUUUAUGGUAGAGGAUACCAGAGUGGACGUUACUAUUGGAGACGAGUCUCCUGAUGACAAUGCGGCGAAUCAUAGAAAGGAGAGACCCAUAUGGAUGAUGGAAAGCACAGUUAUCAAUGCCGAUGGUUCACAGCCUGAUGGUGUGAAUGCACAAGACAGUAUCUUAGAUAAGGCCGCAGCCACUGCCACAAAUACAACUACGACGAAUAAUAAACAGGGUGAAGACAUUAUGUCAGUGUUGUUGGCUCAUGAGAAGAAGGGCAGCACCAAUUCUGCGACAUCUAUCAAAGCAGCGCUUCCACAGGAAUCCAGUGAUAGUAGCGAUAACGAAGAAGAUGCGGAAAUGCAGGCGAUUGAUACCGGUGAGGUGGAGGCAAUGGACUCCGAAGAUGAUGAACUUGUACCAACUGUCAGUGUCGGUGGUAAAACCGUCGCGAUCACCGAUGUUAAUGACACUCUGAUUGCGGAAAUGACACCCAUAGAGAAGGAAGCUUAUAUCCAAACGUAUCAGGAAUAUUACUCGCAUAUGUACGACUAGAAGAACAAUGAGAGUCUUCACAAUGCUCUGCAUAAGACUGAUAUUGAUUUGGUAUCGUUGUUCUCUGUAAUAUUUUGUAUAGCUACUAAAUAUAUAUAAUUUUCGAUAAUGAUGCGAUAAUCUUUCAUAGCAACGUAGCAAUCCUGACGGAGUUUGCACGUUCCUUAUACUGACAAAAUGCAACAAUAUAUUUAAUAUACUGUAUAUGUAAAGCAGUAUAUUUAAUAUAAUAUAGCAGAUGUAAUUAGUAUAUAUUUGAAAAAUUAACUAGUUUCAAAAAAGGCAAAAAUACGUUUUUAUAGUUUCAUAUGUAUUUUCUAAUAUAAUUGUAACUGAACAGUAUUGUCAAUCAACAGUUUCGUCAAUCAACAUUAUUAAUAAAUAAACAAUUGAAUGUGUGAAGUACCAUAAA